AUGACGGCGCCCGCGCAGGAAAGCAACAAGAACUGUUUGGCUGGCUCUGGUGCCUUUGCUGGCGGCGGCGUGGUAUACAAAGUACCCAGGCCUUUCAGAUGGUACCCCAGCUCUCAGGAUAGGCCAGAAGACGGCUCUGUGUCCGAAUAUCGCAUGCGGCGUGAUCGAGAUCCGCUCAAUGGACUCCUUUGUUUUCGUCUCUUCGACGUGCGCGUAGACCAGAUAUCCGCAAGCUUUGCAGCACCACUAAAGCUGGAGCAGGAUGCUGUAUACGACGAGCCGAUAUCUAGCUUAGGUCUUCUUGCGCAUCAGAGGCGCGUAGGACAAGCUGCGUUUGCAAUGCCGUAA